AACUAUGACGUAAUUGUACAGACCUUACGUAAUGUGACUUCAAAUAUUCUGAUGAUAUGGUUUGUAGUCGCUUUCAUUGUUUCUUUGUUACACCAUGGCCGCUUAUGACUGCAGACUUUCUAUCGCUUGUCUACUCAUAAAGCUUUUUGUCUUUACUCAAAAUGCCUUCUCACAACUAGCAAUAUCAUCUGUUAAGCCUGAAUUGGAUUCCUGGAAGGAAAUUCUCGAGGCGAAAUUUGAGGACUCGUUUUAUUCAGAAAAUUAUCGACUUCGAUUGAAAACGAACGAUGAAAAAUUUGGUGAAAUUGUUCUCAAAUUGACGAAAAAGUCGCAGUUUUUCAGUUCACAUUUAUCAAAUUCUUCUGUCUCAGGGUGCUUCUAUGAAGGUACAGUGCUUCAAAUAAACGAGCAGUCACUACUCGAAAACUCAGAAAAUGGUGUGAGAUUAAAGUUUUGCAAUGGAGUUCUUUCUGGAUUAAUUUUGCUGGAGAGUAAAAUGUGGACUUUGCAUACAGAACCGGACGGGUCGUGGAUUAUUUUUAGCAAUGAUGACUUGAAAGAUACUGAGAAAAAUGCAGGCAAACAUUGUCCGGUGGAGCCAGUUUCAGUUGAGGAGGGAAGAGAAAGUUUGCUGAGGGUGAGACGGAACAGUUUCGAACAAACUCGAUAUGUGGAGGUCUCACUCUUUCACGACUAUGCUUAUUUUGACAAAUAUGGCUCAGACGUUCAAACCAUCAAUGAUCGCGCCAUUGACAUCAUCAAUGCAGCUGACCUCUUCUACAGUUCAAUUGAAGGUCUGGAUUUGAACCUUGUUCUCAUUGAUGUCGUCAUCUGGGAGACCCCGGAAGCGGAACCCAUUGAAGCUACUACGGAUGCUGGCGAUUUGAUGUCCAGUUUCUUAGCGUGGAGGUACAGAAGUCUGGGAGAUUUGCUGAGUCAUGAUAAUGGAGUGUUGAUCACGGGAGCAGAGUUGGACGGGAGCACUAUUGGAUUGGCACCCAUGGGCACUUUGUGCCGGGAGACCUUGUCAGGCAGUAUCGUAGAGGACCAUUCCUCAAUUGCAGCCCAAAUAGCAGGCACAUUAGCCCACGAGUUAGGCCACAACUUCAACUUGGACCACAAUCCCUCUAGAAGUUCAGAUGAUCCCUGUGCGUGUGAGUUCUCACAAUGUGUCAUGGAUUCGACCACCAGUGGCAGACCAAUCAACUUCACUGUAUGUCAACAAGAGAAACUGAAGCAGAAACUGAGUCAAGGUUUCGGAGUGUGUCUGAAUAACCGUCCCACUCUCACAUUUGGAGAUCCUUACUGCGGAGACAAGUUCGUCAACCAGGCCUGGGAGGAAUGCGACUGCGGAAUCCUCUCAGCUUGCGACGACCCCUGUUGCAACGCCUCGACAUGCAUGCUGACUCCUGGCUCCCAAUGUUCCAUCUCAGAUCUAUGCUGUGACAAUACAUGUCAAAUCCGAACGGAGGGCGCAGCGUGUCGUGACAAGGCCUCGUCUUGUGAUCUGCCCGAGUAUUGUGACGGAAAAAUGAGUUCGUGUCCGAGUGAUGUUUACAUACAAAAUGGGGAACCAUGCAAUAGUCAGAAUGACAGGCUGAGCAGCCACUGUUACUAUGGACAGUGCAUGACUGUGUAUGACCAAUGUGUGGAUCUGUUCGACCCAGAUGACAAGAUCGAGCUGGAGACUUCGGAAGCCUGUUGGAGGAUCAAUCAGAAAGGCGAUCAGAAGGGCAACUGUGGUGAAGGCGUGACUUGCACGGAGGCGAAUUCCAGGUGUGGCAAGCUACAAUGCAGAACAUCCAGCGGUAGUCUGAGCGUAUCGGUAUCCUCCACUACUUACUGGACCACAUUUGGAGACGGAUCUAGGUGCUACUCCAUGGACAAAUACCAGCCGAUAGCAGACGGAAUAGACGACUUCUCUUACGUCAGGGACGGAACGUGGUGUGCGGAUGAGAGCAUCUGCAUUGGGAAGCAGUGCACCAACAUAUCAGACAUCGCCGGACUCCAAAUAUGUCCCAAACGUUGCAAUGGCCAUGGUGUGUGCAACUCAGAGAAUCACUGUCACUGCAACGUCGGCUGGGCACCGCCUCUUUGCGAUGUGCCUGGAAACGGAGGAAGUGUGGAUUCUGGACCAGCAAGUGAGACGCCGGACACCUCUGGAGCAGCCAGGGCAGUGCUUGUUUUUUUCCUGGUCAUCAUCCCACUACUUCUGAUCUUGGCUUUAAUCGUGUUCAUAUUUCGUCGGCCUAUCAGAUUUCACGUGGGCAAGUUCUACCAGAAGCAUUUCUCCACUUUCCCGGUGGAUGAGAACAGGCAUGACAUCGGGAGAGGAGUUAAGAAGAGUGGCCAGUCUCCGGCGGGGAGAAAUUCGAGGUACACGCCUGGAAGACAGUUGGGAACUAGUGCAGGUCCUGCUGACAGCCAAGGAGAUCCUCAACCAGUGCCUAGAACAAAGAGACUCCCGCAGGCGUCUGACUUUGCAGUGAAAUUUGACUCUUCACUUGUGAAACAGGAUGACAGAGCUACGAACUCAUUCGAGUCAGUCAAUAUCUACAGGCCAAGAAACCCCCCAACUGAUAGGAGUGACGGGGUACUACCGCCCCCACCGCCUAGCGUAUCAUUGAAAAGAUUCCACAAUAUAGACUUAAAUUAAAUGUUCACUUAGUUGUGAGAGCUUUGUAUUAUAGUAUUUUCCUAGCCCAUCAAUAGAUUUGUUACUCUUAGAAAAAUUAUCGAAAUUGAAAUG